UAGUGCCAGACUCCUAGAAUAUUUAUCACUGCAACUGUAAAAAUGGCGGAUGCACAAAAAGUUGAGCUACCUCCAGCUCCAACCUCAGCGCCAAGUCCCACCACUCAAUCCGAAGCUGCUGCUGUGAAUUCUGAGUCAAGCAAUGCGGAAUCAUCUGAAAGACAAAGGCCAAAUAUUCUGACUGGAAAUCUGCCAGAUGGUUUUUUAAGAUUGGAGUCUGGCGUAUCAGUACAAUCAGUUCCCAUUCCACAAGCAGUAUAUGCAAGUGGUGGUGCACAAUUUUACCCAACAUAUUAUCAGAAGGGAGGAAUUCUUUCAGUUACUUUGUCACAGGCAAGACUGGCCAAGAACUAUGGCUUAUCCAGGAUGGAUCCAUAUUGUAGGGUUAAGGUUGGCAGUGUGGUGCUUGAGACCAAAACAUCUCAUAAUGGCUCAAAGACUCCUCGAUGGAACCAAACAUUCAACAUUCCAUUGCCAGAUGGCGAGAACAGAAUGUUUAUUGAAAUGUUUGAUGAGUGUGCAUUUUCUCCAGACGAGAGGAUAGCUUGGGGUCAUAUACUAAUCAAAGAUGAAGUCAUUGCAGGUGAAACUGUCGACGACUGGUACUCCCUCACCGGUAAACAGGGCACUGAUAAAGAGGGAAUGAUCAACAUUAUCUUGCAGUAUCGAGAAUCUCCAAUUCCUGCGCAAGCUCCAGCCCCGAUGUAUGUUCAACCGAUGCCCGUUAUGAUGUCAUAUGGAACCCAAAUGGCGUAUACUUAUCCACCCGGAGUCGCGCAGCCUUUACCGGGUGCACAGCAACAGUUUGUUAGGCCACAACAACCACAACAACCACAACAACAACCACAACAGCAAACGAUAUCUGAUGAAGAUGUGAAAAAGGUCAAGGAUAUGUUCCCAAAUAUGGAAGAAGAAAUUAUCAGAUCGGUUCUUUUGAGCAGCAACGGGGACGUAGACACGGCCGUGAACCACCUUCUGAGUAUGACAGCGUCAUAGACAAAUGCUUUACUAAUCCACAAACACUCGAUAGCCAUGGUAAAAACAUUGUAGCAUUGGUAAGAAUGUAUUUUUGUCUGAAUUAAUUAGCGAUAGCACUGCAAGUUAUCUCCAAGGAUACUUUGCAUUAUUUAGACAGAGCUGCUGUGAAUCGGAGCUACUUAUUUUAUUUACACUGCAAUACUAUCAAAUAUUCGUUGAUUGCGUCUAAUUUGAUAACCAACAUUCAUCAAUCUUAAUUUUCUGAAAGAUCGUUUAAGAAUAUUUCAUACAUCGUGAAUUUCACAAAUUUGUUUUAAAGCAAUCAUCAACAUAUAUAAUCAAUUAUGCCAUCCUCAUCCUUAUCCCUAUAUUUUCAAAAGGUUAAUUCCAUGCAAUAUCCCCAAACCAUUGCAUACGCCAUAUGAUUUACGAUUGAUGAAAACAGCACCUGACCAGGGAAAAGUUAGAGGCUAAUCUUCAGUUUUGUGAAGAGUUUAAUUUGAGUUUUGAUAUGAAGAGUAUGAAUAGUAAAUCGUGUUCAAGUGGCUGAUAGUAAAUGCAAACCCUGGUGGAUGUAAGGAAAAGCGAUGAGACGAUGAGACAAGAGAAAGUUUUUUUCACAGCUAGUAAGUCCAGAAGGGAUCGUCCUGGCCAGAUCCUUGUAUCUACAGGCAUCAUGAUUUAGGCCCAAUAGGAAUUUAGAGUGAGCCGACGGUAUUUUGAAAUAUCAAUAGGUGAUAAAAUCGAUCAAUGCAGUAGAAACUCAGCGAGAAAUGAAGAAAUCCUGAAACUGGGUUAACUGGAGGGACUUAAAUUGACGAUGAAGGCUCAGUGAGCUGAGCCCCCCUUGUAAAUACCGAAUGGUAGCCAUUUUCUUUUUUUGCUAUUGUUUUUUAGAGAACUUUUUUGCGACGGCACGUCUGGUUUUUUUCAUAACACUAUACCUGGCUUGAAUCAUAAUUUGUUUUUAAUCUUGAUCUUUCAAUCGUUAUUUUCGAUAAGAAUACUUAAUUUAAAGCAGAAAUUAUUAUCACAAAGUAGUUUGUAAUUAAGAUUUUGUCUAAUCAGACUCAGGUUAUCAAUUACACUUUCGUUGGUUCAAAUUUUCAGACCAUAUGUUUGUCAUUUUGUAGACGCUAGUGUAUGAUGUGAUCCUGGAUGAA